CCGCCGCCGCGCCACGCCUCCCCACGCUCAAUAAGACAAGAGGUUUCUGUGGCCCUAAAUCGCUCAACUGGUUCAUCAGGAACACGUGACCAUGAUUCACCAGAUGAUAAAUCCAAAUGGGAAUGCGUGAGGAAAGGGGUUUGCUGCAUUUGCUGCGAAAGCAAUAUUGAUUCUCUCUUGUACAGAUGUGGGCACAUGUGCACAUGUUCUAACUGUGCUAAUGAUUUGCACCGAAGUGGAAGGAAGUGUCCAAUGUGUCAAGCACCAGUUGUUGAAGUAAUUCGUGCUUAUUCUAUAUUAUAGUUUAGACAUUAAAAAGGGGUUACAUAUAGCCAAAAUUACAGAAUCUGCACAAGUUUUUAUUUCCUGAAGAUUUUCAAGUACCUUAAUUUUAAGUUGAUGUCCUUCUCCGUCCUUUUGCUUCUUGAUGUGAUUACCUAUAUUUAUGUCAACUUGUUAAGUGCAACAAUGAAACAGUUGAUGGCAAUUUUUUGAGGGCCAUGUUUCUGAAAUAAAUAAAGUAAAUAUCAGUUUUGAUUUUGAG